AGUGCUGCGGCCCUUGCCAGCAGCUCACACGGCGCGGGAGGCAGCCUGCAAUGGCAUGCGGUUUUAUGCCGGCCUUCAGGCUGAGGACGGGCAUUGGGCUGGCGAUUAUGGUGGGGCCCUCUUCCUGCUCCCAGGUCUCCUCAUCACUUGCCACACUGCAAAGAUCCAGUUGCCAGAAGAGUUUCGGAAAGAGAUGGUGCGCUACCUGCGCUCCGUGCAGCUCCCAGACGGCGGCUGGGGCUUGCAUGUGGAAGACAAAUCGACAGUGUUUGGCACAGCACUGAACUACACAGCCCUGAGGAUCCUGGGGGUCGGGCCAGAUGACCCAGAUGUCGUGCGGGCCCGUGUCAACCUGCAUAGCAAAGGAGGUGCUGUGGGCAUCCCUUCGUGGGGGAAGUUUUGGCUGGCUGUCCUGAAUGUUUAUAGCUGGGAUGGGAUGAACACACUUCUCCCAGAGAUGUGGCUGCUCCCUACAUGGUUCCCAGCCCAUCCGUCCCGGCUGUGGUGUCACUGCCGCCAGGUUUACCUGCCCAUGAGCUACUGUUACGCCAAGCGUCUGUCAGCAGAAGAAGAUGAGCUAGUACAGAGCUUGCGGCAGGAGCUGUACGUGCAGGACUAUGCCAGCAUAGACUGGCCGGCGCAGAGGAACAACGUGGCUGCCUGUGACGUGUAUACCCCGCACAGCUGGCUGCUGGGGGCGGCCUAUGCCAUCAUGAACAUGUAUGAAGCUGUCCACAGCACCUCCCUGCGGCAGCAAGCCGUGGCAGAGCUGUAUGACCACAUCAAAGCCGAUGACAGAUUCACCAAGUGCAUCAGCAUUGGCCCGAUUUCCAAGACCAUCAAUAUGCUGGUUCGCUGGUUUGUGGAUGGGGAAAACUCCCCAGCUUUUCAGGAACAUGUCUCCAGGAUUCCAGACUAUCUCUGGCUGGGCCUCGACGGCAUGAAGAUGCAGGGGACAAAUGGAUCCCAGCUCUGGGAUACUGCCUUUGCUGUCCAAGCCUUUCUGGAGGCAGAAGCCCAGAAGAUCCCUGAAUUCAGGUCCUGCCUCCAAAACGCCCAUGAGUUCCUCAAGUUCAGCCAGAUCCCAGAGAACCCACCUGACUACCAGAAAUAUUAUCGCCAUAUGAACAAGGGUGGCUUCCCCUUCAGCACUCGGGACUGUGGCUGGAUUGUAGCUGACUGCACAGCAGAGGGGCUGAAGUCAGUGAUGCUCCUGCAGGAGAAGUGCCCCUUCAUAACCGAGCGUGUCCCCUCUGAGCGCCUCUUUGAUGCCGUGAACGUGUUGCUGAGCAUGAGGAACUCUGAUGGAGGCUUUGCCACAUACGAAGUUGCCCACUGCAAAGGGGGCUGUUGCACUGCUGUUCUUUUUCCAUUGGCAGGUGACAUCAUGAUUGACUACACCUACGUGGAGUGCACAUCGGCUGUCAUGCAGGCGCUGAGACACUUCCAUGAGGUUUUCCCUGAGCACAGAGCCCCAGAGAUCAGAGAGACUCUGCAAAAGGGUCUGGACUUCUGUCGGAGGACGCAGCGAGCUGACGGGUCAUGGGAAGGGAGCUGGGGGGUUUGUUUCACCUACGGCACCUGGUUUGGCCUGGAGGCGUUUGCCAGCAUGCAGCACACAUACAGCGAUGGGGAUGUGUGCAGAGAGGUGUCCCAGGCGUGCCAGUUUCUGCUUUCUAAGCAGAUGGCAGAUGGUGGCUGGGGAGAAGACUUUGAGUCGUGCGAGCAGCGCGUGUACAUGCAGAGCGCCACGUCACAGAUCCACAAUACGUGCUGGGCCCUGUUGGGACUCAUGGCUGUCAGGUAUCCUGAUAUUAGUGUGUUGGAAAGGGGUAUCAAAGCAUUGAUUGAUAAACAGUUACCUAACGGGGACUGGCCUCAGGAGAACAUUGCUGGAGUGUUCAACAAGUCGUGUGCCAUCAGCUACACUGCCUACUGCAACGUCUUCCCCAUCUGGACACUGGGACGUUCUCCCGACUGCAUCCUGACAGCCCUCUUGCUGGACAGCUGCUGUCAGGAUCUCCUCUGGGGCAGGAAGAACCCUAGAGAAGACCUUGAGGAAGCACUCAGUGACCUGCUACUCCACUUGGACACCCACAAGUCUAUGAGGCCAGAUGGAAUCCAGCCGAGGGUUCUGAGGGAACUGACGGAACUACCCUCCAAGCUGCUCUCUGUCAUUUAUCCGUGA